AUGCUUGCUCAUGGGGAACCUCAGACUCAGGCAGCUGGAGUGGAAGAUUCCCUGAGGACUCUUCCAAGGCUGAGUCUGGGCCAGGAAACCCUCGAGCAGAACGGGACCCUCCCCAGACCCACCAUCUGGGCUGAGCCAGGGCCAGUGGUCCCUUCAGACAGCUCUGUCACCAUCUGGUGUCAGGGGACCCUGGAGGCUCAGGAGUACUGUCUGUGGAACAAAGAUGUGGAUAUGUUCUGCGACAGACAGAAACCAGUGGCGACAAUGGACAAGGCCAACUUCUCCAUGAAAGACCCCUAUGCAGGGAGAUAUUAUUGUAAAUACCACAGCCCCACCAGCUGGUCAGAGCUCAGUGACUCCUUGGAGCUGGUGUGGACAGGGCUCUACAGCAAACCCAGCCUCUCAGCCCUGCCCAGCCCUGUCAUGACCUCAGGAGGGAAUGUGACCCUCCAGUGUGGCUCACAGGAAGGAUUGGACAGAUUCACUCUGAUUAAGGAAGGGGAAAGCAGUUUCUCCUGGACCCUGGACUCACAGUCUCACCCCAGUGGGCAGUCCCAGGCCCUGUUCUCUGUGGGCCCCGUGACCCCCAGCCACAGGUGGAGGUUCAGAUGCUAUGGCUGUUACAGGAACAGCCCCCUGAUGUGGUCUCACCCCAGUGACCCCCUGGAGCUGCCAGUCUCAACCUCCAGCCCCCAGGACCACACAAUGGAGAAUCUCAUCCGCUUGGGUUUGGCUGGACUGAUGCUCAUGGGGUUAGAGGCCCUGCUGUUUCAGACUUUAAACAGUGACAGAAGGACCCAGGAUGAAACUGAGAUGUGA